UAUGUUGCUACAAAACUCCCCGGCGCCCAAACAGCGGCGCACUUGUCCCUGUUCAUUGACAGCCAAGCAAGACAAACUACGUCCUAACGAUGACUUCAAAGCACAUUCCAAACAUUUUCACCUCGAGCACUGGAUUCCUCGCAGUUAUGCGAGAGUUCCUGGCGAGUGUGGACCGCCUGAACCAAACUGUGCUGUUUCCAGUGAAGUUACAGGAUUUGGACCAGUCUCAACUGACUCCAGAUGACCAGCUGCUUCAUCUCAUCAAACAGACGACUGAUGACGAUAAAGAAGCCAUGGAUCUCUUCGCUGUGUACAUGCUGCUGCUGAAUACAAGAAGCGAACUCUUGUCAGGAUGUGACCUUGCAGGUGAAUCUUCUAGCGGCGACUCGUUGUUAGGGCAACAGCUGAAGACGAUGGCGGGCAUGUUGAAGAGCCUGACAAAGAUGGCGAACACAAUACGAGGGCAGUACGAGACAUCAAUGUACCUAAGCUAGUGACGUAACUGAUUUAUCCAUUUGGCACAACCCAGCGUGCAAUGGCGGGUAAUAUUUGUUAUGUUACCUGUUCAAAUGUUAUAUUUGUCUUGCAUUGUUCUUAUACAACUUUCUAUAUUUUACAUUAGUUUCGCAAUAAAAUUGAUUUGUUGAACUAAA